AUGGACAACGUGCGAGAAUUGAAACCUCGAAAGCUGUGGUCGGAAAAGGAGGAUAACGUGUUGCGCGGUGAAGUUGCCAGGCAAGCGGAGCAAGGAAAGGCGAAGGACUGGCGAACAAUCGCUGAGAAACUUCCUGGUCGAAGCAACAAAGACUGCAGAAAACGUUGGAUUAAGUUGGACGGUCCUGUCAAAAAAGGCCCAUGGAGCCAGGAAGAAGACCAGCGUCUUCAUAAAGCAGUUUUGCUUCAUUCAAACGUCUGGACGGAAGUUGCGCAGGUUGUGGGUACACGGCAUGCUGAUCAAUGUGCUAAACGUUGGUUGCAUUUUCUCAACCCAAGCUUGAACCAUAGUGAAUGGAGUGAACAAGAGGAUGAGCGUCUCUUGGCCGCGGUCGAGAGAAGCGGACGGAAUUGGAGAAGGAUCGUGGAUGAGAUACUUCAUGGACGAUCAGCCACAGAUGCCAAAAAUAGACACGCAAUCCUCCAGAGAAACAGGAAGAACAGCGCCGCUUCAGGCUCAGAUCGUCCAAGGCCAUCCUUUUCUAGGCGUCGAAGAAACGGCAGCACUCUGGAGGCUGCAGAGAAGAAUGACGCAAAUAACUGGUGGCCAACCGACUCGGUGGACCUGAUGAGGGAUAUCUUCUAUUAUAAUGUUGCCACAGAUUCAGGGGGACCCGAACUGCAUCCAGGUAGUAACUUUGAUGCACUCCUUAUGGAGCAAUCAGACCACCUGCUAGGCUCCCCACUCACCACGGCUUCAGCGCAUGAGCAUCCGCAAGAUUAUACGGGGACAGCGCCGUCAUCCGGGUGGCAGAUCAUGCCGAGUAACCAUUCCUACCAAGAAAGAUUGAAUGGCCAUGGGUUUGAGCUGCCCACAGGUUGUAUUCCAAGCUCAUUUGAAAAUGGUGGAGAUAACUGUGGGGGAAUCACAGAUACCUUCUUUGAAGCGUUGACAACUAUGACAGAUGUUGAAGGGGUGGUUGGUUUACACACGCCUUCAGCCUCUUCAAAUUCCGCAGACUGCCUUCCGAUCAUUCAGGGAGCGAGCGACACAACAUUUCUUCCUAGAGAAGAGCAUGUGGAUGAAGAUGAUGGAGAAGAGGAGGAGGACGAGGGUGUAGAGGAGGUCGCCGUUGAGAAAAGUGAAGAGUUGGUCAUCAAUAACGAUUAUAACGAUCCAACAAUGCCUUCUAUAGAAGAAAUCCUGGGAACGGUUUCGAGAGGAAAUCGAAAAAGCACGAUGAUCUUGCAGCAUAUGCAGCCAGAUCAAGUUGGGCAAGUUUUGGAGCUGCUCUUCUCCUCCGGCUCGACCGUGGAUGUCAAAAUCGUCGGCGAAGACUAG